CUUCUACCAAUCAAGGAAUCUUUCGAUCUCCUCGGCUUGGGCCUGCUAUUUAUAAUUCUCACUGGAGUCUACCUUGUCCUUUCCUCCGUGUUUGAAUAUUGGCGACUUCGACAUAUACCUGGGCCACCUCUUGCAGCGUGGACAAAUCUAUGGCUCAUGCGGAACAUGAACGGUAAAGAAAAGUUCUACGAUGUUAGGAAACGACUGCAUCAGAAGUAUGGGCCUGUCCAACGUUAUGGUCCCAACAGAGUCAUGUUUAGCGACGUCUCUGCUGUGCAUUCUGUACUUCCUACCUCGAACAUUCUUCCNAAAGGUCUGUGUAUGGAUCGUAAUGUUCAUGGGCUAUCGGAAAGUCUGAUAGACCUCUCACAGGCUGACAGCUAUGCUCCACUCAAAGCUUCUGUCAAUGGCACAGAAGUUGCAUCUUUCCUCGCUAUCACCGAUGAUGACAGAGCUGCACGCUUGAAGCGUUUUCUGCAUCCGACCUUUAGCCCAAACGGUGUCCUGCGCUAUGAAUCUCACGUUGACCAUACAGUGUCCGAAAUGGUGACCCAUCUACGAAAUGUCGGACCAACAGUCGACCUUGCGCCUUGGUUCGGUUGGUUUGCCUUUGACACCAUCACUCGCAUCGGCUUCAGCGAAGAUCAAGGUUUCAUGAGAGAACAAGGAGACAUAGCCGGCGCUGGUAAGGCAGCUCAACAAAGGUUUGCCCAUUGGAUCUUCUACUGGACCAUACCUUGGCUGGAGACAACCCUACACAAGAACUGGUAUGUCAAGCACCGCAAAUCAACAACUCAGUCAGGACUCGCAAAAUUGGCCACACGAGUUGUCAACAGUCGCAAGGCCAAGGGAGGUCUUGGUACCCAUCACGAUCUGCUUGAUCUGUACAUGGAGUCCGGUAAGCAGGAUCCGCAACUGUACACACCGAGCACCAUACUCGGUCUGACCAUGACGACCAUCCAUGCUGGUGCAGAGACUACAGCAUACACUUCGGCUAUAUGCAUGUACUGCAUUCUCAGCGACAGACGUGUACACGACAAGUUGAGAGAAGAGUUGGAGUCCGUGUUGCCAAAGGCCGAAGCAGACUGGGAACUUCCUGACACGUCUACCUUGCGCAAGCUGCCUUACCUCGAAGCAUGCAUCAAGGAAUCAGCACGAUUGAAGCCCUCGAAUAACAUCAUGGCGGAACGUGUCGUCAACACCGACAACGCCAUCAUUGCUGGAGUGUCGAUCCCAAGAGGCACAAUCGUAGCCAUGAACACAGCUGGCCUAAACACGGAUCAAAGUAUCUGGGGCGCUGAUAUCGAAGUGUUCAGGCCAGAACGCUGGCUCGAGGCUUCUGAGGAACAGAGAGUCUUGAUGCAUCGUGCCAACCUCACUUUCUCAGCGGGUAAGCGGAUCUGUCUCGGUAUGAACAUAGCAUGGAUGGAGAUGAAGAAGGUCAUUCCAGCGUUGAUUAUGAACUUCGAUUUGGUCCACCCUGAGGACGACCUAAAGCAGACAUCUGGUGUCUUUGGAGUUCCGGAAGAGAUUCAAGUUUAUAUCCGUCCUCGUGUGAAGACC